CUACGAUCUUACUUAUAUAGAGAUGUAUUACUUUAUCUAGACUUACUGCAGCUGGAUCCAUCAUGCUGCCUUUCAAAAAGAAGAUAUAAUAUAACAGUUAGCUGGAAUACCUGCUGAGCUUAUAGUUGUAAUCAGAAGUAUAAUCCCAAAGAGUUCUCCAGUGGGCACUUCAAGAGUCUAUGAGCUGCUUUCCGGAUCUCUGUGCCGUAUCCACCGAUUCAAGGUCCUUGUCCUACCGAGAACUGAGCUGUUUCUUGGGUGUCGUGUCUUCGCAGAUCAAUGAACUUACCCAGCGGGGAGACGUUAUUUGCGUCAUCAGUGACGGUACCAUCGAAUGGCUCGUGGCAAUACUGGCGGUUAUCCAAUCCGGCUGCACAUACUGUCCAGUUGACGUGAAGCUUCCUCGGGCGCGGCAGCAUUGCAUGAUCGAAUCUGCCUCCGCCAAGGUGGUUCUGUUCCCACGAGCCAACAUGCGGACAGGAUAUGGCUUCCUUGGGGAUGUCAAGGCGUUGGAUGAAAGCAAGGGCGUCCCCAAAGCGGUGCAGCUGGCCCACAAGGGCAUCAUGUCCCUGCUCUCCUGUCCGGAGGGCCGGCUGUACUCUAAGCCUGGGUGGCGCAUCGCGCAGACACUGUCGCUAGGGUUCGACUGUUGCGUGCUGGAAGUCCUCUCUGCCACCUGCUUUGGCGGAACACUGGUCUUAAAGGAUGUCAAUGACCCACUCGCUCAUCUGAAUAAGGUCGAUGCGAUGGUUUCAACACCUUCUCUUCUGGCGACGCUAGAUCCUGAAGAUUAUAGAAACUUGCAGGUAGUUUAUCUGCUGGGAGAGGCACUCCACCAAAACCUGCUCGAUAAAUGGCGUCCGGGUAGAGUGGUCCACAACUGCUAUGGCCCGGCUGAAUGUACUUUAUUCGCCACUUUCAAGUGCUUCGACGAUGCAGCGCACGAGCAAGUAAGCAUUGGCAGGCCUACGCCCCGGACCCGCAUCUACAUGCUUGACAAGAAGCAACGGCCUGUGCCAGUCGGAGUCAAAGGUGAGAUCUACAUCUCCGGAAUUCAAGUUACUCCUGGAUAUCGCAACAAUGCUGUUCAAACUGCAUCCGCGUUCUUACCUGAUCUCCAUGUUGGUGGAUCUCAGAAGAUGUUUAGGACUGGCGACAUGGGCCAUCUGAUGCGUGAUGGAAAUAUUGAGUACAUUGGAAGAGAAGACGACCUGUUCAAAAUCCGGGGAUUUCGGGUUGACCUGGGAGAUAUCGAAGCCUCAAUUCUGGCCCUCGCUCCCGAUUUGGACAACAUUGCGGUCGUCGUGGCCGCUUCGGCCGAUAAUCUCAUCAAAACUGCCAUGCUAGAUCAGGCUUUCAGGGAAUUUGUUCAGGAGCGUGAAGUCUUCCUCUCGCGCUACAAGCAAGUCAAGUCCAGGGCAAAUUUUUUAGAAACCUCAUCUACACACCGUCUCCCCUCCUCCACUUUGCCAAACACUGAGCUGUCUAUUGACGAGUUUCUGCAUGCUGCCCGAAACUAUCGGUCUGAUCUGGCCAAUGAACAGCCCGUUCAAGCCCUUCUGUAUCAACAUUCCCUAACAGAAUCCACUCUCGUGAUCCUGAUGUCCCACCUAGUCGGCGACGCCAUCACGAUGAACGUGUUCCUCAAUAGUCUCGCCGUCCGCUUCCAAGCCUUGUCAAGACGAGUCCACACCGACCCAGGCUGCCUUUCCGCUGGCCGACAGACACACACCUACAUAGACUGGACCGUAUGGUCUGCCACCCAGGAAUACCUCUCAGCUGAGUCCCAUCGACCAAGAUCCUACACCGGCGGGACCAAGUCUUGGACCCUUCCGUCCUCCCUCUCCAACUCCCUCCAACACCUCUGCGCCGAUAUAUCGUUGAGCCCGCAUCAACUCAUGCUCGCCGCUGUUACGCUUGCCACGCAAGCCCUCCGACCCAGUCAGGACAUCGUUAUGAUGGCCCCGUACUCCCUCCGCACUGAGCCUCUCACCGAGGAGCUCGCCGGCUGUCUGCUGGACCGCGUGCCCAUUCGCGUGAAAUGGGACCGACAACAAUCGUUACUCGAGCUUCUGCGAGCGGUCCAACAGUCCUCGCAGACGGCGAUCGCACACGCCGUUCCCUACGCGUCGCUGUGCAAGGCCCUGCAACUUCCCCCGUCCCUCACAAAUUCCCUGGCAGAGAUCAUGGUCACCUUUCACCCUGCCAGCAGCGACGAGACCCGACGCUCCUUUGGCCAGCCAUUCAACCUUCGUCCGUCCGGCGCAAAAUUUCCCGUCCUGUUCGAAUUUUUCCAACAGUCCCCGGAUGAAACAAUCACCGUCUUUUUCGAGCACGACGACGCGCUACUCAGUGGCGAUGACAGUGAGGCCCUGAUGUCCGCAUUCCAGCUGGUCUUGCAGCUCAUCGCCCAACACCAAACGGUCCACGAAAUUGUGGAUUCGGUGUGCCGUGAGGCGCGUAUACUUACCAAACACCUCAAUGGGCCUGUGGAAAGUCAUUUUUAG